AUUCAUCGGUCUCAUAGUCUCAUACCAAGUAUAUCUCUAACUGUGUUCUAUUAGUUGAAUAGACUCCAACCCAGAAUAUGAAAUACCUGUUAUUGCAUAACAAGAACAUAGGGUAAGUACAAAGGAGCCAAGACAAUUGGCUGGGGUAUAACCCCACCAAAGCUGCAAGCCCGCCCAGUCGCAACAACUUCAACUGAUCCAAAUCGAUCGCUAUGCCGUCAUCCACAUCAUCUUUCCAACAUAACUUCUUUACCGUUCUCCUGCUCUGCAUCCUUCUGGUAGCUUUCUUCCCAGGACUUUUCCACUACAUAUACACGCUCCCGUUCUCCUACAUCUCUUCCAAAAGCCACUCUUCCGACCCCCGCGCGCCCACAGCCACCAUAACCCCACCAGCGCCCGCCAUGUCGUGGAUCCAGAAGCAGUUCACGCUGCCGCCGCGGUCGCGCGGCUCCUACCUCAUCACCGACCACGUAGUCAGCUCGAUCCCCGAGAUAAGACAGUACAAGGUCGGUUUGCUGAACUUGUUCGUCCAACAUACAAGUUGCGCGCUGAGCCUGAACGAAAACUGGGACGAUGACGUCCGCGCGGACAUGAGCGAUGCGCUGGAUCGCAUUGCUCCGGAAGCAGGGCCCAAGGGUGAGGAUUUGUAUAGGCAUAGUGCCGAAGGCAGCGAUGAUAUGCCAGCACACAUCAAAUCCGCACUCAUCGGUGCCAGCGUUACGAUCCCCAUCAAAGACGGAAAGUUGGCAACGGGAACGUGGCAAGGAAUUUGGUAUCUCGAGUUUCGCGAGAUGAAGCAUACGAGACGAGUUGUAGCGACCAUCCAAGGAGAGAAGGCAUGAGUAACGUGGAGCUUUACGCCAAGCGCCGUUCCGUGAUCAUGGAUAUUCGAGCUUGAAAUUGCAUCAGAAGUGAUCUUCUUAAUUCUAGCCGUAACUUUGUCGCCUAGCCAUCUGGUCAUUUUGUGAAGACCUUCCUGAAGCAUGACGCAUUCCCAAAAACCCGACUAUUCCCGUCCUAUUAAGCAGAUAGAAGGACUUCGCCCAGGUGGUCUAUUACUGGAGCCUAUGACGUGCCAUUCCCCUCUUUGACG